AACUUCUAAACGGUAUAACUUAAUACUGGCUUCUUCUAAACUAUAAACAACAAAAUUUUACCAUUUAAAUAUUCAAAAGCUUUCAAAAAUGGAGAAAUUUGAGUACGUAACAAGUGAAAAUUGCUAUAUUUGUGAUGACAUAAUGGAUUCAUAUAAAUCGGAUCUUACAAUUGCCAGCGGAUUUUCAGAAAAACCUAUUUUUCAAUUAAUUGAAACAUUUACAAACACUUGCAUACCUGAGGACAUAAUCAACGCAUCAGGAGUUUGCAUCAAUUGCUAUGUUAAACUAAAUGAAUUUGAUGAACAUCAAGCAAAAGCAGAGCAAAUAAGUUGCGAAUUAGUUGAACUUAUGAACAACAAAUAUGUUUUAUAUGAAGAAGGGUUUGAUAUCAAUAAAGUCAAACAGGAAAACGAAAGAGACCAAACGCAUGAAGAGAUCAUUGAAGCCAUUGAAUUUGAACCAUUUGAAGAAGGACAAUAUGCAACAAUGGCCGAGGAAGGUCUGGAAGAGGAAACAGGAGACUCCUUGGUUGAGGGGAUCGAUGGUUAUCAUUUUGAAAUAAUUGUUGAUGAUACAAAGGAGAAUGUGAAAAAGGAAACUAAGGCAACAUUUUCUCGAAGUAAAUUCAAAGCCGAGACCGGUAAUGAAUUCGUUGUUGUUCAACUUGAAGACAAUUCAAGAGCUUAUCAAUGUGAGACAUGCUUUAAAACUUUCAAGGAUAAGAGUAAAUUACGUAGUCAUCGUGAAAUUCACACCGAUGAGAGAAAUAUUAUUUGUCCUGAUUGUGGUAAAGCAUUUAAAACCAUGAAUUGUCUGCGAAAUCACAAAAGAUUACAUGUUCCAGACAGAACAUAUUACAACUGCGAUCAAUGUGAAAAGAAGUACACACAAAAGAUACAAUUGAAGAAACAUAUUGAAAUUGUUCAUAUGCAACGAAGAGAUUUUGUUUGCACAACUUGUGGAGCCAGUUUUGGAACUAACAGCGUUCUCAAAAUGCAUCUUCUUAGUCAUCAAGAUUUUAGAGCUGAGUGUUGUGAUGUUUGCGGCUUUCGAUUCCAUACAAAAGCGAAACUUCGUAGACAUAUGAAAAGUCAUACGGGGGAACGCAAUUAUCAGUGCAACAUUUGCUGCAAGAAAUUCUUAUACAGCUACAAUGUUGUUGCACAUAUUCGGAAUGUUCAUGAGAAAAGGAAGAAACGCGAUGCUAUGUUGUUCCAUUGUCGUUUCUGUACUGACAAAUUUGAAGUUCCCGAGCAACUUGACGAGCAUAUGGAAGAAUGUCACAGUGGACUUUACGAAGUGGUCGAGUAAUAACAUUCUUUCUCAUUUUUAUUCUUUCUCAUUCAUUUAAUUAUAAUUAUGAUGUAUCCCAGGUAAAUAAAAAAAGCAAACAAUAUCAAGUGAAUAAUAUAACAAAACAUUAAACAAAUAUUUAAAUGGAGUCUUAUUUGGAUUUACCUAAU